GACAGUUCUAGUUCAUCUUCAUGGGCAAUUAACUUUUUCCACAGUUUACAAGGUGAGAGGAAAUGGCGGAAGCAACAUCUGAAUUCAAAAUCGUAAUCGUGGGAGGAUCUGGAGUGGGAAAGAGCUCUGUUGUCAAAAGUUUUUGCGGCAAUGUCGAAGAGGACUUAGAAGCUGUAGGCCAAAAAGCGGCAGCGGACCAGCAGGUUGUAACAAAGAGGAUAGAGAUUCAAGGCAAGGACAUUAGUCUGAAAAUAAUUGAUACAGCAGGAUCAGUGCUGGAAAACCAGGUGUAUACAAGGAAACUUUACAAAGGGGCUAAGGGUAUCAUGGUCAUAUAUGAUGUUACCCACAAACGCUCAUUUGAAGAUGUUCCAAAGUGGCUGCAGGAUAUUGAUGAGUUUGCUACAGACCACGGUGUUUAUUUUUUAGAAGUCAGUGGCAAUACCGGUGUGCAAGUCAAGGAAGCUUUUGAUCUGAUGACGGAGGAAAUUCUUCUCACUGAGAACCAUGGUCAAGCUACAGCUCAACCUAACCGUUGCUAUUUGCUUUAA